UCAUUUUUUGUUAAAAUGUAGUUUUUGUUUUUCAUUAAUUUAUGAUGGAUCCUAAAUCAAAUAAUAAUGCAAUAAUAAAUACUACGACCAAUGUGAUAAUAAAUUCUUCUUCUAGUCCAAAUUCUUCAUUACCACCACCAAAAGUUGAUGGUUAUCGAUUGAAUCAUUUAAUUGGUAAAGGAUCAUAUGGACAUGUUUUUCGUGCUGAAAAAAAGAUUUCGCAUGAAGUUGUGGCCAUUAAAUGUGUACCACUUAAAUCGUUAUCGAAAAAUUCUCGUGACAAUAUUAUAAAUGAGAUAUCGAUAUUGAAAAAAUUGAAACAUGAGUUCAUCGUACAAAUGCUCGAUUUUCAAUGGGACAAAGCAUUUGUCUAUAUGAUAUUUGAAUUUUGUCCCAGUGGUGAACUGGCAUCGAUUAUUCGCCUGAAACGAAAUUUUCCAGAAGAAAUUGUUCCAUUUUUACAACAAUUAGCUUCAGCCAUGAAAUAUCUUCGUGAUAAUGAUGUUGCACAUUUGGAUCUAAAACCACAAAACAUUCUCAUUACCGGUAUACAAUUUGUUACAUUGUUAAAUGGUUUAAAUUCAUUUAAAGUUUGGCGUCAAGUAAUACUCAAAAUUGCUGAUUUUGGAUUCGCACAAUAUCUAAGCAAUGAUGAAAGUGUCAAUUCAUUACGCGGUUCUCCACUGUAUAUGGCACCGGAAAUAUUUAAAAAACAUGAAUAUGAUGCUCGUGUUGAUCUUUGGUCAAUCGGUAUUAUCCUGUACGAAUGUUUAUUUGGUCGAACACCAUUACAUGGAAUGACAACGGCAGAAAUCACACAUGCUUAUCAAAGAAAUCAAGUUCAUAUUGAAUUUCCUAAAAAUAGAUUAUCACAACUUUGUUAUGAUCUUCUUGGUGGACUACUUAAAAUUGAUCCAAAAAUGCGUAUAUCGUUCAGUAAUUUUUUCACACAUCCAUUCAUAGAUCUCGAACAUAUGCCAAUGGCCGAUUCAUUUGAAAAGGCACGUAAUAUCAUCUCGAAAGCAAUGGAUUUUGAAACCAAAGGCGAAUAUAAAUCAGCUUUUUAUAAUUUUCGUGAUGCCUUAUUAUAUCUGAUGCCUUUAUAUCGAUGGGGAUUGCCUACACAACCAUAUUCAGCCAAAAAACGUGAACAACUUAGACAAAUGAUUGUUGAAAAUAUGGAAAAAGCUGAAGAAUUGCAACAAAAAUGUGGCAUUGUCAAUAUUAAUCCGAAAUUAUUACAAGAAAUUCAAUCAAUCUAUAAUCGUAUAGAUCGUGCACGUGAUCUUGCUUCUAAAGAUCUUUAUUCACAAUCAUUGGAUGAAUUUGAAUUGGCUUUUGAUCAAUCGUUUAAAAUUAUGAAAGAAAAUGAUCAAAAAAUACGAAAUGAAUUUUUCGGUGAAAUCAGUGAAUGGAUGACAGAAGCGGAAAUAGUAAAAGAUAAAUAUUUAACAGAACAACAAAUUAAACAACAAUUGCCGAAAAAAAUUGGUGAAAAAAUUACCGUCGCGCAGGAAGCUAUUGAACUUUACAAUCAUCACAACGACAAAACACCACCACCAUCGUCUGUUCAAAAGCCAGAUUGGUAUCUAAAGCUAAAAGAACCUCCAAAAUCAAAUUCUUCGGGCCAUUCCAAAUUAUUGAUACAUAAUGUUGAUCAUAAAAAAGUUGACGAUAAAAAAUUGGAUAAUAAUUUGAAUUUAGCCAAAAUGAAAAAUGAAAAUAAUGAUAAUGAUUUCGAAUAA